AAGUAAAAUUUCUCACCUCUCCUCCAAGCAAAUAGCAAAGAAGUACUAGAAGUAUAUAGCAAAGUGAUCCAAAAUGAAAGGAGUGAACAAUUUCCUUGUAACUUUUUCCCUCUUGGCUUUGGCUUCUACAUUUGCCUCAGCCUCAGACCCUAGCCCUCUCCAGGACUUCUGUGUAGCCGUCAAUGGCACCAAGAAUGCUGUGUUUGUAAAUGGUAAGUUGUGCAAGGAUCCAAAGCUUGCCACUGCAGAUGACUUCUUCUUUUCAGGGCUCGAAAAAGCAGGAAACACAUCAAAUGCAGUGGGAUCAAAAGUCACUCCUGUAAAUGUUGACCAAAUACCAGGACUUAACACUCUUGAUAUAUCCCUGGCUCGAAUUGACUAUGCACCUAAUGGUGGCCUAAACCCUCCUCACACUCACCCUCGUGGCACAGAGAUCCUAGUUGUGGCAAAGGGUACACUUUAUGUUGGCUUUGUGACCUCCAAUCCGGACAAUCGCUUCAUCACCAAGGUCCUGAAGACAGGAGAUGUGUUUGUUUUCCCUGUUGGUCUGAUUCACUUCCAGUUCAAUGUCGGGAAAACUAAUGCCAUUGCCUUAGCUGGUCUCAGCAGCCAAAAUCCAGGUGUUAUCACUAUUGCAAAUGCAGUCUUUGGCUCUAAACCACCUAUCAACCCUGAUGUUCUCAGUAAAGCCUUCAAACUGGACAAGGAAGUGGUGAAAUAUCUUCAGACUCAGUUCUGAUGGGAUAACAACUGAUCAAGAAAUUCCUUGAAUAAAGUGUACUCCUUUAUCUUCUUUGUUUUGAAUAAUUUUUAUGCAUUCUCCAUUUUUCAAUCUUGUACUCCCCACUUUGUUUAUGUUUCCCUUUUUCCUAUAGUAAUUAGUCUGUCUAUGCUUAUGUUUAGUAAGUUAAAUCAUGAAGGGAGUGACACUGAAAAACGAACUAGUGUCUUUUGUCUUUGUGUUGAAAGUUGAACAAAUGGAGAUUCAAGUUCUUAUUGUAAUUUGUAUUUUGUUAGGCUGUCAACAAUUCUGGUCAACGGUUCAAACAAUUAUUUUGCAUUUUGUUAUGGAUGAUUGGAUAAAAUGGUGAUGUUCAUUUGUUAAAUAAUGACAGGAGUUAAUUAAAGAAUCACACGGUCAGUUAUUGAUGGUGAUAUAACAGUUUACUAAAAUACUCUUGCUGUCUGGCAAAUUGCAAUUCAGGAUUAAAGAAUUUGAAGUCAUUUUCACCCAACAAUUCUUAACCUCUAUUCGUUUUUCUUUCCUUU